AUGAACACUUUACGAAGAAGAAGAAUACCAAAACCGAUCCCACGGAUCUUUGAAGACGAUGAGUAUAAACAAUACACACGUCCGCACAAUUGGAGACUUCUCUCUUUGGUUGGCAUUUGCUGGGUAUUGUUGAUCCACUACUUUGAACGAACCUGUCCCCAGAACACUCUAUCGGCAUGCCAAUGGAAAAACUGGGAACAGUGGAACUCCCCCGACUCUGCUCAUAGAAUAGUGUUGAUUGCUGAUCCACAGAUUGUUGAUGACUACUCUUACCCCAAACAAUUCAAGAUAAUAAACUACUUUACCAAAAAAUUGGCCGACAACUACCUCCAUAGAAACUACGAAAUGAUCCAUUCAGUGCUAGCACCAGACACAACCAUCUUUUUGGGAGACUUGUUUGAUGGCGGACGGUACUGGGACGACAAACAAUGGAUAGACGAGUACAAACGGUUUACAAAAAUCUUUCCUAAAAAAAUCAACCGUCGUGAUAUCCGCUCCGUCCCCGGCAACCACGAUAUAGGGUUUCAAACUAUACGCCACAAGGUGGUUAAACGGUUUGCCGAGUAUUACGGCGAGCUCAACGACUAUAUAGAGCUAGGCAACCACACAUUGGUAUUGCUAGACUCGAUAUCUUUAUCACAUCCCGAUAAAUUGAUCCGAAAAGAACCCGACAACUUCUUAGACCAGCUCAACAAUCGAAUCAGCUCCACCUUCCCACGUAUAUUGCUUACACAUGUACCAUUAUUCCGAAACCCUGCCACCCAAACAUGUGGUUCACACAGAGAAAAGCGUAAGCCAUUCCCGUUACAACGAGGCGAUCAGUACCAAACCGUUAUUGAGUACGAGAUAUCACGCAGAAUUCUCAACACCAUAAAACCAACCCUUAUUUUCGCUGGCGACGACCAUGAUUAUUGCGAUAUCACCCAGGAAUACGAUGGCGGUGCUGCCCGAGAAAUAACCGUCAAGUCUGCUGCCAUGACAGGAGGAAUCAAGCACCCAGCAGUGCAGUUGCUUUCCCUAAACACAAACGAACCCACAAGAACGUAUGAGACGGAAAUGUGCUAUAUGCCAAAUGCAUACCACGGCUUAUACGCCUAUAUCACAUUCUUACUACUCACCUCGUUUUUCAUCGAUAGAUCUAUUGUGUUUCUCAACCUCGUCUGGCCCUUGUUUAUAUUAAAUGUAUACUAUAUGACUAUUUGA